CCGGGGUGACGCGCGGCACGAUGUCGAAAGCCGACCUCGUCAUGUACCUCGACGCCGCGUCCGAGCAUUGCCUCGUGAACGAGCACGCCCAGGCGGCGAUCGCGAAGCUUCCGACUUUUGAGUUGAACAAGGUGUAUACGAAGGUACCAGCGAAGGUUCGCGGCGCAGUCAUACUGGUGUAUUCGCCGACGAUGUCGUCCACCGGGUGGAUGAAAGCGGGGGACAAUACGGAUAUCCUCAAUCACCUCAACUUCCAGACACAACCGAACGCGGGUAAGAUGUCGUUGGACGACGCCGCGGUCGCGGUCGCGGAUCAGCAUAGGCGACGUUUAUAAAUGACUCCAAGACUCAAGCGCGUCG